AUGUGUCGUUUUGGAUUUCCUCGACCAGUUGCUCGACGUACAUUUAUAUGUGAACCAUUAAAAAUUGAUAAUGAUGACGAUAAACAAUGUAUUAAAAAUAUUAAAAGAAUUCUAACUGAAAUGAAUGCAACAAUGAAUGUAUUAGAAAAAGAAAAAAUCUUAUCAUGGUCUGAUUUUGAUGAUCUGCUUAAUAAGUAUAAUUGGUCAUAUGACGACUAUGAAUGUGCACUUCGAGUUGUUCAUACUCGUACUAUCAUGGUACAAAAACGAGAACCUAAUGCACGUUGGGUAAAUCAAUAUAAUGAAGAAAUAUUGAGAGCCUGGAAUGCAAACAUGGAUAUUCAAUUUAUACUUGAUCCAUAUGCAUGUGCGAAAUAUCUUAUGUCAUAUACAACAAAACCAGAAAGAGAAAUGAGUUUAUUACUUGAAGAAACUCAUAAAGAAUGUCGUGAAGGUAAUAUGUCUGUACGAGACGAAAUGAAAAAACUGACAGAUACAUUUUUUAAUCAUCGACAAGUUAGCGUGCAAGAGGCUAUAUAUCGUGCUACAAAAAUGCCACUAACAUAUUUAAGUCGAGGUUUUGUUUUUGUACCAGCACAUUCAAAUAGUUGUAAAUUUUUAAAACCACAUAAUAUAUUAAAGGAAAUGGAUCCAGAUGAUAAAAAUAUAUAUAUGUCUAGUUUAGCUGACAACUAUCUUGAUAAGCCAGAUGAGCCUGAAUUCAAUAUUUGUAUGGCAGAUUUUGCAUCUGAAUAUGAAAUUAUUAUCAAUAAAUAA